CUGAAAAUUAGUAAAUCUCAACAAACCGACCACCACCUGGUCCGAGAACCCACCAACUCGUAUAUCCGGCGUACGCGCGGCAUUGUUUCAGCUCCGGCCACGGUUGGUUCGGUUAUUUGAGGGCCUCUUCGACGUCGCCGGAGAUCAUGGCGUUCAUUUCCGACCGGCCGUUUCUUCUCAAGAAUGUCCUGUUUGCUUGCCUGAUUCUGUUCCCUGCACUUGCAAUACAAAGUGGAGGGACAAGUAGCGAUUGCUCGAAAGAUUCGACCAUGGGGAAUUGCUUAAACACAUCUUCUUCCUUAUCUGCUUUUGAUUCAUCUGUGAAGAACAUCAUCUCGCUGCUAAUCAAUAACGCCUUCAAGCUUCCUUCUCCUUUGCCCCCUUGGCCUAAGGGUGUGGAUUUUGCGAAGGGGAUUAUUGAUCUUGGAGGGCUGCAAGUGGCUCAGGUUUCGAAUUUUACUAAGGUUUGGAGUACAGGAGAAGGCGGUCCUGGAGAUAGCGGGGCAACAUUCUUUGAACCAUCAGCAAUACCGGAUGGAUUUUUCAUGCUUGGAUCCUAUGCACAGCCUAACAAUAUGCCACUUUAUGGAUGGGUUCUUGUUGGGAAAGAUGUUACUGGGAAUACCACGGGGGGUUCUUUAAAGAAACCGACUGACUAUGAUCUCGUUUGGAGUAGCGAGGGCAAUGCAAAGGCGAAGCAGGAUAGUCCUGGCUACAUUUGGGUGCCAAAGCCUGCAGAGGGGUACGAAGCGGUGGGCUAUGUGGUCACGGCCUCGUCUCAGAAGCCUUCGGUGGAUAGAAUCCGGUGUGUUAGGUCUGAUUUCACCAAUGUAUCUGAAAUCCAAGACUGGAUUUGGGGGGCUGAUGCCUUUAAUGUGUACAGUGCCAGGCCUAAAGAUAGGGGAAUCCAGGCCCCCGGGGUGCCUACUGGGGCGUUCGUUGCUCAAACGAACCCUAAUUCUUCCGUGUUGCUGCCUUGCUUGAAGAAUUCAAACAAAAACCUCUCCGCUAUGCCAAGCUCGAGCCAAAUCGAGGCCCUGAUGAAAGCGUAUGGCCCCAUGGUUUACUUCCACCCGAACGAGGCCUUCUUUCCCUCUUCUGUCGCCUGGUUUUUCCAAAACGGGGCGUUACUCUACACGAAAGGAAAUGAAUCUCGAGGAGUUGCGGUUGAUCCAAGCGGCUCAAAUCUCCCGCAAGGGGGCUCGAAUGACGGUGGGUAUUGGCUAGACCUCCCAACUAGUGAUCCAGAGAGAGUAAAGAAAGGCAACAUACAAAAUGCAUCAGCCUAUAUUCAUGUAAAGCCAAUGCUUGGUGGGACAUUUACAGAUAUGGCAGUGUGGCUAUUCUACCCCUUCAACGGGGCUGCCAAGGCUAAGCUCGAGUUCGUCACGCUCCCCUUGGGCAAAAUCGGGGAACAUGUAGGCGAUUGGGAGCACGUGACACUAAGGAUCAGCAACUUCAACGGGGAGCUAAAAAGCGUCUAUUUCUCAGAACACAGCAGGGGGAUAUGGGUAAGCGCUUCUCAGCUCGAGUACCUAAAUGGUACUAACAAACCCGUCGUUUAUUCCUCGUUACAUGGCCACGCUGCAUACUCGAGCCCCGGGCAGAACUUGCAGGGGAGUGGAGAUAUAGGCAUAAGGAAUGACACUGCAAAAGGUGGGAUGAGUAUGGACACAGGGCUAAAAUUCUCUGUGGUUUCUGCUGAGUAUUUGGGGAAAGAUAUUGUUGAGCCACCAUGGUUGAACUAUGCAAGAGAAUGGGGUCCAAAGAUUAGCUAUGACAUUGGGAAAGAGCUGAAAAAGAUUGCCAGAUUUAUGCCUGGAAAGGUGAAAUCUGCACUGGAGAAACUUGUGAAGGAUCUCCCCAGUGAGGUUUUGGGUGAGGAAGGACCAACUGGGCCUAAGUGGAAAGACAAUUGGAGUGGGGAUGAAAGGUCUUGAAGGUGACCUAUGCAUGUAUUAUAGUUCUUCCGAGAUUGAGGUCGAAGUAGUGCCUGUCUGAUCCGAGAUCGAGGUCAAAGUAGUGCCUGUCUGAUCUGAGAUCGUAUCUUUCUUUCUUUCUUUUUUUUUUUUUUUUUUUGAAGUAGUGCUUGUUUGAUACAAGAUCGUGUUUUCUUUGAAGCAGUGCUUGUCUGAUGUGAAAUCGUAUCACCGUUUCUUUCCAUCAGAAUUACAUGAAGGAAUGAAAUGGAGAAAUUAGUUUAUCCCAAAAAAAAAUGUAGAUUAGGGAAAGUGAUGACUGAGUGUGAAUUAGAUGAUAGGUAUUGUGUACACAACCCCAUUAUUAGUAACUAUAGACUUUGGAUUAUGAACCGGUUGUGACAUUUGAUCUCAAAUUUUAUUGGUUAAAGAAAAAAGAUUCCAAUAUUGUGUAUUA